CAUAACUCCGAGCCUGGGUGACGGUUAGAAAAUCGUUGUGUGUAUGUGAGUCCCGACACUGGAGAAGGCAGACGUGGCGCGGCAGUGAGAGAUAAUGCGUAACUUGAUAACAGGGGCUACACGCUACUGCACAGAGUGAAAACUUAGUCCUUCGGUGAAAUCCGACGAAUAUGUUGGUACUUACUAAACGUUUUCGUUUACAGUUUGGAUCUGAGGUUUGUAUGCAUGUAGUGUAUCACUUUUGUUCAGAGCCGUGUUACAUAUGUAGUGCAUUACUUCAGUAAAGUACAACUUUAUACAUAAAAUGCCUCCAGUGUUGUCAAAAGUUAAGAGUAAAAAACUGCACUCGCAGGCGCGGGAAAUCGUCUAUAACGUUCUGCAGUUUAUGGAAAAUGAAGCGCGAUUGCAGGAACUCUCCAUUUCACUAGAGAAAGCACAGCUGAGAACAGCUAAUGCGACGGAUGUGUCUCGCACGACUGUACAAACAAUAUGAAAAAUGGCUCACCGAACAAUUAAUACAAAAUCUUCCACCAAACAGUGUUGUUGUGAUAGAUAAUGCUCCCUAUCACAAUGUAAAAAUAAAUAAAACGCCUACCUCCAACUCGACAAAAGGAAAUGCAGCAGUGGUUAAGUAAGGAGAAUAUUUCCUUUACUAGCGACAUGCUCAAACCAAACUUGUAUAACCUCAUAAAUAAAUACAAACCUUCGCAAGUGCAGUACUCGGCAGACAGAUUAUUGGUAAAUAGUGGCCACACAUUACUUCGUCUGCCCCCUUAUCAUCCGGAUUUGAAUCCGAUAGCAUAUGGGCUAAAGUUAAAGGAGAAGUCGCUUCAAGAAAUGUUACUUGCAAUUUGGCAAAUGUAAAAAAACUUUGCGAGGAAAUAUUUAACCGAAUGGGUCCAGAAGAUUGGAUACCGAUUUGCAAUCACGUCAAGACACUCGAGAACGAAUACUGGGAUAAGGAUGUGCGUUUUGACAUUGAAAUUGAUAAAGCGAUUGUUCAGUUAAGUGAUGCAAACAGUGACAGCAGUGACGUUUACACAUCAGACUCUUCGGAUGGAACAGUCAGUGCGGCGUUGAAGAACUGAGGUAGUGCUUGGAACGUCAGUGGUAAGUGGUCAAUGUUUUCUGCUUUUCUCUACCUGCUGUGCAAGGUCGCCGUAUCUGCUUAUACCCCCUCCUCAUCCACCCGACCCCCCACACGUGUUGCAGUCAACACUCCUCAUGUGUGACGUAGCUCAAGCUCGGAGUUAUAUUGCGCCUAGUGUACCUCUAAUUGGAUAUAUUCUGCACCCGAACUAUCAAGAAUAAGCUGAUUUUAAUAUCGACAAAGAAUGCAGUUUGGUCAUUUGCGAUUUCUGUAAAAUUUUCUUUUCCUAGUUAUAUACUGAAGUCUCAGUUCUCCAAGGGUAAUCUGUCAUAACGCCUCACCUGAAACAAGGAGACUACACGGGAAGCGACAUCAUGUUGAGAUUGAUAAUGUGAAAGUUCUAACCCCUUGUUGUUGACGUCAUUUUACAACUAUGUGUGCUCGGGCUGGAGUUCUCCUCUGCUGACAUGCCGCAUCGCCGUGGAGAAUGGUAGGCCCUCGGAACUGUUGUGCUGACGAUGGUUCGUGUUACGUGGAAGCUUGCCUCAGCACCCCAGACGGUCUGCAACUAUUUGAAAUGGCAAUGGAAAAAAAUGAAACUUUCUUAUCAAACAUUUUUCUACAACCACUUCAUGGACCACGGAUAUUUUGCAGACAUUUGCAUGGAGCCAAUGUUUUGGUUUGUCGACAACUUCACAAAGUUUUUGGGACCGUUCUUCGUUUUCGCGGUGUGCGCGCUGACUGUGUCUGUGAUUGGCAUAGCGUACUGGAUAGGCCUGCCGUACUGGUGGGGCAGGAACCCAGCGCUCACCGUGGUCCUGUUCCUCGUGGGGCACUGGCUGCUGGCCAACAUAUGCUUCCACUACUACAUGGCAGCUAGCGUCAGCCCAGGCUACCCCCCUCAGGGUGCCUUGAUUCCUGAAGCUGCAAGUAUUUGCAAGAAAUGCAUCGCCCCGAAGCCACCGCGGACUCAUCACUGUUCUGUGUGCAACAGGUGCAUCAUUAAGAUGGACCAUCACUGUCCGUGGCUGAACAACUGCAUUGGUCACUACAACCACAGAUAUUUCUUCCUGUACAUGGUGUACAUGGUGGUGGGCGUGUUCUUCCUGAUCGUGUUCGGCGUGGAGCUGGCGUACUACGAGGUGUGGCUGGACCCCAGCGAUGCCAACUCCGACGACGACGAUUACCUCGAGGGCCACCCGGUGCGGUUCAACCACUCCGUCAUCGUCCCAGUGCCAGAAUACUUAACAGGUAAUCAUAGCAGCUCGGAGCCGGCAUCUCCGAGUCAGAAGCGAACAGCACGCCAGUCUUGCAUAAUAUAUAUGGCCUUCAUUAACGUUGGUGUGUUUGUGGCGCUCGGAUCGCUGGCCAUGUGGCACGCCCGACUGAUCGGCGCCGGGGAGACCAGCAUUGAGGCUCACAUCAACAAGGCAGAGACCAAGAGACUCGCUGCGCAGAACAAGGUUUACGCGAACCCGUACGACCUCGGCAGGCGGAAGAACUGGAGGCUGUUCCUGGGCCUGGUGGGGGGGAGGACGUGGCGUCACGUCCUGCUGCCGUCCAGCCACGGGCCCCCGGGCUCGGGCCUCACUUGGCCGUCCGUGCACUCGGACGCAGAGGGCGACGCGGACGAGAGCAAGGACUGAGCCCUGUCGUCCGUGGCGUGUAGACUGCACGCGUGUGGCGCCGGUGGCUUGGGUUUGCCGAUCCCAACGGCCGAGAACUGGCAUUUGGAACCUAGUCACAGCAUGAGUGGCCACUGUUCUGUUAUAGAGCUUGAAUCUGUGGCUCGGAGUAUUGUUACGAAACUUGUUGGCGUCCUCUGAGGAGUGAAGUUUUUUUUUCAAGCAUUUGUGCGAGUAAUAUCAGUGGUGGAUCCAAAAGCUCCGAGAUGACAUUUUGAGCUACAAAACUUAUUUUUAAUUUUUUACUUUUGCCCAGAAAACCUAAUUUUAAUCAGUGUAAGUAAUGUGAUUAUUUUAGAGAUGUGCGUUUAUUAAUGAAAAGCAAAUAGGAAAAAAAGCAUACCUAUAUUUUUUAAAGUGGCUAAGAUGACAGAUGAUUUUUCCACUUCAUUUUUCUAAACCCAUACUUUUGACAUGGAAUAUUCAACAUUUCUGCACCUUAGCACACAACUGCUGUUGGAGCUUGUGAUUAGUAUGUAGUGUGACGAUGCAUUCAGUUUUGAUUCCGAACAAUUUGUCAGUCAAGAGUUCACACUUAUUAUGUACAUGCCAGCAUAUACAUGUGCUUAUUGGUCAUUGACCCAACAAUGUUAACCAACUAUGGCUUUAAAUCUCAUGCAUUUUGUAUUAUUUGGCUUUGCAUAUUUGUAAGAUAUACCUAGUAGUACAUACAUAAUAUACACAAUAAUUUAGAUUUAAAAGAGCACUGAAUUUUUAAUAAUUACGACCUAAUGCCAAUGGCUUCAAGAUAAAUGCAGAUAUUUCUGGGUACGAUUUCUCUUUAAUUUUUUUUAAACAAACAUAUAACUUACAGGUAAGUUCUAGUCACAGCACAUUAGAUACACAAAAUAUUUAUAACUUAAAAGUUUGAAGUAGAACCCAAUUGUUCAUUCAUUCUGCAGGACACACCCUAAAUGUUUGUGUUAUAAUUCAAAUCUUCUCAAGUAGUCGGCAUGCCACGCAGGAAGCUGUGGUUGCACACAGCUGAGCUUGAAUGAUGUGGUGUGUGGCAGUGCAGGGCUGAAGGGCUUGUGCCUGCUCUUACUAACUCUACGUGUCUCCUUUGGUAGAAACCCCAAUAGUGGUUCCCACAUUAGAAACUAAAGCUACUGUCUGGAUUAUAGUGUCUAAUGUGCUGCCGAAAGCAUUUUCCUAUGAAAUUUGGAAAAGCUGCCAACUUCAAGUAUUAUUUUCCCGGAGUUAAUAAUUGGAAGAUUAGGCUGCGGACAUCCGGACAUUCACAAUUUACAGAAAGCUGGUGUAUUAAAGGGAUCAAUAUUUAUAAUCAUGUAUAAUUUGUUUGUGCUUUACUAAUCUAGUCAGUGUUUUUUUUCUUUUAAUUUUUUCCACCACAGUAUUACAAUAUACGAAACUGGAGUAUGCCUCAAAAUGUUGGAUUUUUCUGUUAAGUAGAUACUUUUUUGAAGUAUUUUAAGCUGUGAUUUAUCAUCUGUGUGUACUACAUGUAGUUCAAGUGAAGAUGCAUUAUUAGUUUGUUUGCCUGGGAUUGCCUAAAAUGUGUUUAAUGCAGUGAUUUAAUAUAUGUUCAUUACUUGGCCAUAAAAUGUGUUGCAAAGCAAUAUUCAAAUCUAUGCUAACUGUGCAUAGAAGUAAAUGCAGUUGCAUUUAUAUGGUUGCAGGAGGUAAUGUCAUGUAUCAACAGGUGCCUCUGUGAAUAUUGCACAAGUGAGUAAAAGGAGACAGUUACUUUUUAUGUUGCUCAAAAAGUUAACAAAAUGUAAAUGAAAAAAAAAAAAAAAAACUACAUGCUUUAAGUGUUUCUUAUACUGUCAGUACAGAUUAAGAUUUAUUUCUGAAUUUACCAGGUUGAAAAAAGUUUUAUUUCACUCAUUAGCAGUCUUACAUCUUUGCAUUUUGUUUCACUUCCUCCCAUUGUUUCUAAUCCCAAAAUUUACCAUAGCUUUAUGCAUAAACAUACAACCAUGGAGAAUAAUUUUCCAACACUUCAUGUAUCGCUCAUGUGUGACAUACUAUUUUAUGCAGAGUUACAAUUAACUUAUAUGCAACUGCUUGAUCUAUGAUGGUAUGCCAUAUCUUUGGGUGCAGCUGAAAAUGUAGUGGCAGUAGCUCAUAUUCAUGAAAUUGUGUGUUUUAAAAUAGUAUUGAUGAGAUAUACAUGUGUAUAUACUUAAAAAUAAUUAAGGGUGUCAUGUUGGGAUCAGUUUUCAGAUUUUAAAAAGUAUUUACAGGAAUAUUUUUCGAUGAAAAAAAAAAGGAGGUUGUCUGUAAAGUCGGUUUACGCAGUUUACGGACGAUAAUUUUAUGUGAUAACGUCAUAAGAAAACAUUGAUGAAAAAUUGCAUACUUUUUAGUUUUCAAAUAUUAUUUACAGUUUUUGCAAAUUUAAUUUAAAUAAUUUGUUUAAAUAUAAUCACGAACAAUUAGUUUAAAAGCCCGCCUUAACCUGUUUGAUAUUAUAGAAGAUUUUCUCGCACUGUGGUUGGCCGGUUCUUGCACGCUCGGCUCAGGCAGAACGUGGCAAUUUUUCGUGUGUGCCGUUGGCGUUCAUCGAUUUAUAAGACGUUAUCAUGUCAAAAAUAUUAAUAUUAGAAAAAAGUAUUUUUGGAUGCAGCAUGAAAUAGUAUGUUCAACUUAGAACUGUUCAAAGAAAUUCUCCCAGCUCUAAAUUUUUUAUUCCUCCAAAUCCUGCAAAUAAUGUCAGACAGUAGCUGCCAGUGUAAAAUAGCAUAAGUGCACAUGAACACCCGGUUUAUGGAAAGUGUAUGGUCACGUUAGUGUGUUUUCUCAAAUCUUAUUGUUAAAGUUAAAAGUGUACCCGAAACCGAAUCUAGAUGUCAAGAUGUAUGAAUUAAAUUAUGUAAGAGAAAAGAGACAAGAAUUUAAGUUUUGGAAGAAACAUUCAACCCAUUAAUUUAUUUUUUAAAUAAAAAUAACCAUAUUCACAUAUUUAAGAUAAAUUUAAAAAAAAAAAAAAAAAAAAAAAAUUCCCUGAAGUGCCAAAUUCUAAUUCCGAGGGCAUUGUAUCUGGUACGGUGGCAAAUACAAACCUUUCUUUGAUAGCUUCUGUAGGGAUGAUAAAUAAUUAAUGUAAUCAUUAUCAACUACACCGGUGCUAGUUUUUGAUUUUCUGAAUUUUACUUCUGCAAAGAUUUUUCUUUAAAUAAUUUUCCUAGAAUAAUCUUUUGGAUACUAAAGAUUUGACUGUAUUUCAGAACUUUAAUAGCACAUCCCUAUUCAUAAAUUAAUGUAUAUAAAAAUUUGGGAUUUGCAAUGUCAGAGUACGUAGUUCUAAUUGCGUUCCUUUUGCCAGGGAUGCUGGCAUAGUUACUCUUUGGUUCCGAUCUGGGAUGCUGCAACAGUGUUAUGAUACCACGAAUUUUGACUCCUGCCAGGGUUUUCAAGGCACUGACGUCAUCUUUAAUCGGUGUUUUUAUUUUUUUGGAAGCACAUUUUGAAAGUGUGCUAAAGAUUACCAUCUGUCGCUUAUGGGUUUUAAGUUUCGAGGUAGCGUUUAGUGUUGGUAGGAGUGAAACUGUAGAUAGGGCUUUCAUAAGAACUUCUGGGUGUUGGUAAUAGUAAUAGUGUAUCUGUAGAUAGGGCUUAAUAAUAACUUCUGGGUGUAUUAUGCAGAUAUCCCCCUUCUUAAGAAGCUCAAGGUUGGUUAUGUUUUAUGGAGCACCACUGCCUAUAGAAGAACAUGUUACUGUUACUGUUGUGUUGUUAUAAGCUUUGUACUCAACUAUUGUAAAGAUAUGUUGUAAAUUUAUUUACAAAUUCCUAACCUCGGUCAAAUGCAUCUGUUUUUAAAUAACAAAGAAUACAAAAACAAAUGUUAUCUGAAGCCCCAGCUUAUAAUUCUGUUCUAACAGUAUUUAAAAUUCAAUACAAACAAUAUCUUAAUUCUAAAGCGGUUGUAUAAAGUAGUUUUAAAUAUUGUAACUUGAAAUAAAAUUUUAGUAAACAAUUGUAGCAAUGAACAUGUAAUUGCUUUUGUUCUACAAGAAAUUACUGAUAUUAGUUUUUAAUUAUUCAAGUGGUGUGGUUUUCAAAUAUAUUUCACGGCAUGGCAUAGAAUAUUUUCUUUCAUAAACUAAUACAUAUUUUAUAUAGGGUGGGGUAAAAGGUUUGUAUUGUUUUAAAGGGCUAUUAAAAUAAACUAAGCAACUUAAUGAAAUGAGGUUUAUUUUAUUGGAUUCAGUAUUCAUACACAUUUUUUUUAAAUUCAAGUUCUGAUGAUCACAACAAGGAAAUGGUGGGCAAUAAGCAGCAAUAGAUUGAUGCAGGUGAUUUCGGAAUUUUUCGACCACUGUUCAGCACAUUGAGUGAGGAAACAGAUCUGGAAGACAUCUGGUUCCAACAGGUUGGCAGUACAGUCCACACGGCUUGAGUUCCAAUGGCAAAACUUAGACAUAUAUUCCCUGCGUGCCUCAUAUCUCUGAUUUGAAUGUUGGCGACUUCUUCCUUUGGGGUUACCUCAAGGAAAAGGUUUUCAAACAUUGUCCUCACAACUCGGAAGAACUGACGAUGCGAAUUCAGGAGGAAAUCACCGCUGCACCCCUUGAAAUGUGCUGGAAAACGGUUGUAUGGUUCCGAAAUUGCCUUCAGUGCAUCGCUGCAGAGGGCAACUAUCUUCUUGUUGUGAUCCAGAACUUGAAUAAAAAAAAAAUGGGGAUGUAUACUGAUUCCAAUAAAAUAAACCUCAUUUCAAUAAGUUGCUCUUUUUUUUUUUAAUAACCCUUCAAAACUGACACACGCCUUUUGCCCCAUCAUGUGUAUACUCACGUUCCUAUGAAAAGUGGAGUCUGAAAUGGUCCCUGAUAUUUAUUACAUGUUUGGAUAUUUGUUGUGUAAUACAUAUUUGACUAAUGAUUGGCUCUCCCCCAAACCACAAUUUGUUGGCAUACAAAAAAAUCAAUUUAGCGAAAGUUUUAUGCAAAACUCUUUUUUUGGGCUGGAAUAAAUUGUGUAGUAACAAGAAGCUGGAUUAAGACUUGGAACAUAAACUUUCAAAUAGCAUUUGGUGUUAAUUUUAAUUUUGUUUACUCUUUGAGCAACAUAUUUUACAUGUACAUGCUGCACGAAUUGUGUAAAUACUAAGUAAAUAUGUUACUGGCUAACUAUAAUAUUAAAUGAUUCUCUGCUUUAUCUGGAAUAUGCACACAAAGUAAUUUCUUUGAUGUUGGCUGUAAUAUUUGUUGCUUUUUUAUCUAUGUAAACUAUUUGCUUUAAAAAAAGGCCAAUCAAUGGGCAAAACCAAAGAUGGAAAUUGUUUAGAAAAAUAUGAGGGAUGAUUUUUUACAUUUUCUUUUCAUACUAAUAUUUUAACAUCAAAUCAUUCUGCUAUAUUACAUUACUGUAUGUAAUCAUUACAGCAGAACUCAUUUUUUACAUUUGCGGAUUUGACAUUUUAUACAUUUUGAAACAUUUUUUUCUGGUCUUUGAAAGUGUUUAAAACAAGUUUUCCUACUAUACAUAUGUAUAACAUUAAUGACUCAAGUGUUUUUAAAGUACUGAUUCUGUGAUCAUUCUCCAUGAUUUUAGGUAAUUGUGUGGUAUUUGGCUUAUGUACGAUACUUUGCAGCCAGUCUCGUGUCAUUUUACAGCCCACAUACCUAUUUAUUAUGUUUACAUUGGUUACCAGUUGUUUACUGUGUAACAUACUAUCACAUUGUGAAAUCCUGAGGUGCUAGUUAACGAUUUGUUACAAGAAGUAGUUUCAUGUACAGGACUAAUUCAAAUGGCGAGACUAAAUUAUACAGUAAAAUUAAUUGCAACUUACUUGAAAAAAUCAGAUAUGAUAAUGAUAAUGAAAGUACCUUAUACUUAAGUGUGAAAUUAUGUAUACUUUAAAAUCAGGGUUCACUGCAAAAUAAAUUGUGAGAAUUAAGUCUUUCCCAGAUUAUAAAAUUUAUUAUGCAAGCAUUAUGCUAGGGUUCAUUUUUUCUCUCUACUCAUGAAGUCUUCGUUUUGAAUAUUGACUACUUUGACGUGAUGUCUGUUGGUUGCCUCGAUACUCAAGUUUCAUCCAUGUUUUCUUCAGCAUGUCACAUUACCAUCAGUACUGCAUCGGUUAUCUUUGCCUUCAAAACAUCAUCAGAAAUUGGGGCAGAGUACAUUUAAUCCAUAACAUACCUCACCCCCUUUUAAAAAUGUGAAUGUGUUGGCCGAGCUAACUUCUGAUCACACCCCUGUUGUCGGCUUCGUUCGUACCGAUUCUCUCCCGCUCCGUGGACCCCGCCCGUGGUUCAUCUUCCGCCGUGCCGAUCGGGGUGCCUACCGGUCUCAUCUGGACAGCCACCUCAAUCUUCACUUCCACAUCGCUUCCCCGCUGCAGCUCGGCGAGCGCGUGCAGGUUUUCAGUGAUGCGGUGCUCACGGCUGCAGGCGCAGCCAUUCCUCUCCGCUCCACUGUCGCUCGUGGCACUGCCUUUCCUCCCUAUCUUCGACACUUUGUCGCGCGGCGGCGGUGGUGGCAGUCGUCUCGCGCCGUUGCUCAUUGGCUUGACUAUGUGCACCUUCGGGCGCGGUGCCGGGCGCUCACUGGGGAGUGGCUCCACAAGGUGUCUUCCCUCUCCUUCAAGUCGGGGUCCAUAUUUCGGUACGCGCGGAACCUUUGUGUCACUCCGUCCACCAUCCCGCCCAGAUCACUGCCGGUUUCACCUCUUUUCAGCACUCUGGGAUCAUCCUCCUCAAUCUUUCGAAGGCCUUUGAUACUGUCAACCAUCACGCGCUCCUCAUCAAGUUGGCAUAUCAGGGCUUCCCUCCUGCCCUCAUUCACUUUAUUUACAAUUUUCUUUCACAUCGUUCAUUUUGUGUCCGUGUCUCUCAUGUCAUCUCGCAGUCCCGCGACAUUCCUGCCGGCGUCCCCCAGGGUGCUAUUCUGUCGCCCCUUUUGUUUUCCCUCUUCACCUCCGACAUCCCUACUCCUCCCCAUUGUUCCCUCACCCUGUAUGCCGAUGACACCGCCAUCAUCACAUCUUCCCGUCAUGUCACGGACGUCCUUGUCUACCUCGUGGCGGCGGUGGCGUCCAUCACCACAUACUAUCAUUCUUGGGGUAUCCUGGCAAAUGCCGGUAAAUCGCAGGUGGCGCUUUUCACCCGCCGCUUCCCCCGACCCCUGCCUCCUGUUGUGUCCCAUGGUGUUCCAAUUCUCUGGUCUCCGGUGGUGACUGACCUGGGUGUCCGUCUGUAUUCCGGCCUGCGGUGGGGGGCUCACCUCACCGAGUAACUUUGGGGUGUCUCUCUGUCUCUGCAACAUCAUGUAGGUUUUCAAGACUUGCACAGCUGGAUGUUGUGUGCAUUUACCACACCCAAUGUGUGAAAUGUUGCCUCAUCAAAAUAAGAAACAUGCUUCAGGUGCAUAGGGAAGCUUCUUGCACAGUAGGCCUACCCGAUCUUAGUUGAGCAUCAAUGUUGCUAGUGUAUUUUAAUUUUCACAUACCAACCUCUGAUGCUCUUCACAGCUGAAGUGUCUGUGAACUGUAAUCUAGGAUUUUUUUGCCUCGUGGAUCCACCAAAUACACUGACCGGACUUUCUCCUGCAGAUAUAUAUAUUUUUAAUAUUGGCAAUUACAGUCUCUCUUGUAUUGUUGUGUACAUGUGUGCAAAUGUGCAGAAAAAAAUUUGAAGGUUUUGUCAGCUUCAUCUUUCUUCCUAAAUUAUGUUUUACAACAUUAUUGCUCAUCUGGGAAAGACUUUUUAUUGAUUCUGUACAUAUUUUACAGUGGUAGUGUAUGAAUGAAAUAGCUAUAAUUUGUUGAAAUGUGCAGCAGCUUUUAAAUAUAAACUGUGAUGUUUUUAUAUAUUACAUUUUUUUGAGUUUUUUUCAGUUUUGAUAUGAAUACUGAAGUAAUGUCAGUUCUUUGCACUGACUAAAUUUUUUUUGCAAGUUUGUAAUGAAUAACUGCUUCUUUGAACUUUUGUAUACAAUUUUUCAUGUAAAAUGUUGAUAAAUGUUUUUUUUAUUGCAGUAUUUUAUUUAAAAGGUUUUGCUAUAAAAAUUAUAUAUUCAUUUCCUCACACCUUGGUGUUCUGUCAUCCUGUCCAAAAACUUCUUUAGUCUGGAGUCAAAUUUGGCCUGGUGUUUUUUUUUUUUUUUUGCACACUUUAAAUAAUAGUAGGUAUUUGAGAAAAGUUAACGUAAUCUUCUUAGUAAAAUUAAUUGUGUUUUUUAUCAACUAUGUCUCUUUUCAGCAUUAAAUGUCAAGUGAAAGCACA